UCUUUUCAGUCUUCCAUUAAACAUUUAAAAGUAUACAUAUGUUCUGUGUUGAGAAAGAAUAAAAGUUCAACAUAAACAACACAAUCUCGAGUGGAUUCGAUUUAAUUUCGAUUUAAGUCGAUUUCUCUAUCCUGAUUUCUUCUUUCUGUUCUUCUUCUGUGGCUGUGGCAAGGAGAGCGCUAGCUAGGAAAUUAAAUUGCCGGUUUUUCAGUGUUUUCCUCAAACUUGAAAAUCUUUUCCAUUACGUUUGUAUGUGCUCAUAAACUGCUUACCAUAUGAAGUCACCUUUUGGGUACUGUACUCAACAAUGGAUGACAUUGAAGUAACUGAUCACCCAGGCCCCUUGUGCCGGCUUUGUGCACAUACGCAAACUCAUGAUGACUUGGUGUACAUAUUCUCGGACAAAGAUGAAAAUGACAACCUUGCUGAUUUUAUUAAUCUUAAUCUGCCCAUUAAGGUUUCCCUUAAUGAUCCAUUUCCAAAACAAAUUUGUCAAUUGUGUGUCGAGAAGCUUCAAGCAACACACGAGUUUGCUCUUCAGUGCCUUGCUGCUGAGCAAGAACUUGAAGGUCUCUUCAUAGAUGAAAGAUUUCAAUCUAAUCUGGACACCCAUCAAGGAAACAGACCUAGUCAUGUAAAGAGUAAUCCAGACAGUUUACCUAAUGACUGCAUUGAUUUAGAUGAAUCUGGUGGAGUGAUUGCUGCAAGUGGUGACAAUCAUUGUGAGGAUAUAAUUGGAAAAUACCAGUGCCCUCUUUGCUGUGAAGGCAAAAUGGGGUCAUGUGCUGAAGAACCAGUUGAGAUGGUUGUCCGCGCCAAAGUACCGUCAAGAGCCAAAACAUUUGAAGAAGAACUUAUGGAACAGUACAGGCAAGCUAAUGAAGAGGAUGAUUCCAGUCAGUCAGUUGUAGAGGAAGAUUCAGAUGCAGCAGCUGAGAAUGAGCAGGAAGAAAUGAACCAGACAGAGAUUAAUUGUGAUGCAGAAAUUGUUGAUGACAUCUCUAAAAGUAAAAUAAAAAUGAAACAAAAGCGAGGGAAAAGGAAAGGACGGUUUGGAAGUCAAGGAAAAGUUGCCGUUAUGUCUCGGCGAGCCAAAGUGGUGGGAGACUCUGAGGAGAGUGAUACUCUUAUUUGGAUCAAAGCAGAUAAUGAACAAUCCAUACCUUUGGUUCAGUGUGUUCAUUGCAGUGGGUGGCUUCCAGGGUAUGGCUCCUGCUUGCAGCAUUCCUUAACAAGCCACAUUGAUGUGAAUGAGACGGAAGAAAAAACAUACCACUGUGCCAGAUGUGAAGGAGUGUCAGCUUCAUCCCCUUCAGAUUUGAUUUUGCAUUUUAAGGAAGCCCAUUGUCCAAAUCAUGAUUUUGAAAUUGAAGAAGAAGAUGGACAAUUUAUUGUGAUUGAUAAGAGUGACACAAAGAGCUUAUCAGAAGCAAAUAAUGUUAGAGAUAUUACUUACUACUGUUGUAUAUGCGAGAAAGGAUUUGAUUGGCUUUUGAAUUUAUUGCGCCACUCUUGUUCUCAAGUUAAUUGCAAUGAGAUGUACUGCAAUGCAUGUGAUCAACAAUACCGCAACCGCCAGCGGUUUGUAUUUCACAUGAAUUUUCACAGUGAGAAGGCUCCUCCCUUGGAAUGUGAUGUUUGCCACCAAUCGUUUGAAGAUGACUGUCUGCUGUACAAUCAUGUACGGUUUGCUCAUAUUACUGAAAAUGUGGUAUGCAGUGAAUGUGGCAAAUAUUUUAGGUCUGAAAAGGGUCUUGCUGCCCACCAAUUAAGUGCUCACAACACCGAUCCCUCUCUGCAAAACCGGCACAAAUGCACUGUGUGUGGCAAAUUCUACAGAGAUAAACAGGGGCUAAAGGAGCAUCUUGUUACUCACAUGAGUGAAAAGCCGUUCCCCUGUGACAAAUGUGACAAAGCUUACAAUCGUUACUCUCGCUUGAAACAACAUCAGUUGUCUCAUGUUUAUACAGAAGCUAUGGAAUGCUACGAGUGUGUCAAUUGUGGCUUGGCAUUUCCAGACAUGGAAAAGGCAUUGUUGCACUCAACUUCAGAGGAUCAUGAAGUGCAAAGUACAGUCCUCAGUAAAGUGUUCAGGUGUGAGUUUUGUGACACAGUUUUCUCUUGCUCUGAUGGCUUGAAUCAACAUAGGCCUUCUCAUGUUGGUGAGAAACCUUACAUUUGUCAUAUUUGCGGUUCAUCUUUCCACACCUACUCUCGUGUCACUACUCAUAAAACAACUCAUGGCAUUUAUGACCAGAUUGAACCUCAAGAAGGUGACUUUACCAUUCCUCGCCACUUCCUAUGUGAACAUUGUGGUGUGAGCUAUCCAUAUUGGAGCUAUCUUCAAUCACAUCGAAAAAUGCGCCAUAGUGAGAAUCCAUACUCAUUAAGCUGCAAGCUAUGUCCAGAGAAAUUUAAGAACUCUUGGAGUGUUGUUUACCAUCGCAGGAAAGUUCAUGACCAGGGGGCUGAUGCCAAGGAGUGGCGUAAACGGUCCUUACAAUGUCCUCAUUGUGGUGUCAAUUGCAUGUAUCAACACACCUUGAAUAUGCAUAUUGAACGUAAACAUGGUUCUGGAAAGAAUGAGGAUGGCAAAGGAGAAAACUUCCAGUGUGAGGAAUGUGGCAAAGUAUUUAAAUACCAGUCAUCUCUUGUUCUCCAUCAAAAGAGUCAUCAGGGGCAGAAGAGUUUCCAGUGCGAAGAAUGUGACAAAUCAUUCCUCACAAUAGCAACACUUCGGAAUCAUACCAAAAGAUGUCAUCAGGGUAUCAAACCUCACCAAUGUGAAUUUUGUGGGAAAGCCUUUUUUCAUAGGGUUACCAGAGAUGACCAUCUGCGUGUGCAUACAGGUGAAAAACCCUUCAAAUGCCAAUUUUGUGAGAGAAGUUUCCGCUUGAAGUCAAUGCUGGCUGACCAUGCCAAAAUUCACAAUGAUCACAGGCCUUAUCCUUGUGAUGUGUGUGGUUCGUCUUUCCGACGAAUGGUCCAUAUGAAGCAACAUAGAAUGCUUCACACUGGUGAAAAGCCAUUCCAGUGUAGCUACUGUAAUCAAGAUUUCCGAUUAAAGCAAGAGCUUCAACGCCACACGAAAACAAAGCAUGGGGAAACAGCUGCUGAAAAUGUUGAAGAAGAUGAGUUUAUCUUUGCAGACUCAUAGUCCUAUGUACCAAAGAUCAUUCCAACAUUGUAAACAUAUUGAUGUGAAGCAUCCUUUUAAAUUUAGAUACAAAUUACCAGUUAGGCUUAUAAAUAUUUUGUGAAUAUUGUGUAUGUAAUUUCUCUGCAAUUGAAGACAGUGUACCAUGAAAUGGUAUUGUUUUCCUGUACAUAUUUUGUAAGACCUUAAGGUGUCUUAUCUUGUAGCAGUGGCUUGUGUUAAGUAUGGCACUUGAAAGAUAAGAUUUCUGAUUAUGUUUCUUUGGGAUUAAAUCCAGUGAUGAAAUAAAAUUAUAUAAGUACACUUUCAA